CCGUCGGCUCCCGCCUGUCCACGCCGGACAGCCCGCGGCGUGCCAGAGGGGACCGGCCCGCCGAGCACAGUGGAACAUCACCCAGACGCUGAGGUGACCUGCCCGCACACAGCUUCCGUUCCUGACAGAAGGCCUCUCGAGGAGGCCAGGCGGCAGAACCUCGGGUUCAGGGGGCCCCUGCGCCCCAGGUCCGGCCCACGUGGGAUGCUGUAUGUCGGACCAGACCACGCUGCUUCCUGCAGUCGGCCAGCCUCUCAGGCACAGUCUCGAACUUGAGCAACAGGGCGCUCAGUUGUGUUCACUUGCUUCUCGGGUUCUACCAAAGGUGUAGAUUAGGAUGCCCAAUAGUGCCCGAUAGUGGGAAGUCAGCCCUACUGAACAUGCUUUCAUCUGCUGAUAAUAUUUCUCCUGUAGAGUGCCUAGUUUAUAAUGAGUUCUCCAGAUUAAUCUCUCCAUUCUUACACAUAGCAUAUAGUAAGUAACAACAUUUAAGGAAGACUUCAAUCUCACCCAGAAAUCCUAUCCUCCUCUACAAUUUGGCUUGGCAAGUUUCUCUUCAUUAAAGUCUUGCUCAGAAUUCUGCAAAGCAAUUUCCUAUGAACUUGACUAAGUUUCUGAGUAACCUUAGUCUUUUAUAUAGUCUUGACUUUAGCAUUUAAUUCUGUAUUUAAAGUAGAGACAUUUGUGGGGAAAGAUUACUGUUUCACAGUACAUUCUUGCUGAAGAAAAUCUAGAAAAUACAGAAAGUUAAAGGGUCUGAGUAACAGCAGUAGAAGUCAGAUUUUGUGAUUUCUACUUUUGAGUGAGUUGGAGUAACACCAGGGUUUUGAUAAGACUUGCCUUGUGUUUAAAGGGGACACACUGAAAUGUGUCAGUGUGUAGGACAAGAAUACAAGCAGAGAGCCUUUUUGGAGGCUACUAAAAUAGUGCAAACAGGAAAGAAUUGGUGGAAAUUUAAAAGAUUAUAAUGGGGGAUGGUGAGAAAUUGCUUAGAUUCUAGAAACAUUCUAAAGGCAAAAGCAACAACAUCUGUCCACUGAUGGAAGAUGAAAUGGCCAGCAAAUGAGAUGAGGAAAGCUAUAUAUGGGGAAGCAUAGUGAAAUGAUGUUUCAUGGAACAAUCACAAAAGAGCUUACCAGUCAUGAAGAGUGGAGUCACUACAAUGAAAAUAUAAUAGAAGAUCAGAAAGACUUUGUGUUUGUAAAGUAUAAUGGCCUCCAUCUGAAGUCCAUGGAGAAUCUGCAGUCCUGCAUCUCUCUGAGAGUGUGCAUUUUCUCUAACAACUUCAUUACUGACAUCCAGCCACUGCAGAACUGCGUAAAGCUCAUCAAACUUGAUCUCCAUGGAAACCAGAUAAAGACUCUUCCAGAUAGAACUUUUUGGGGUGGACUCAAGAACCUAAAACUCCUCUACCUUCAUGACAAUGGCCUUGCCAAGCUGAAGAACAUCUGCGUGUUGGAUGUGUGUGCAAGCCUUAUAGGGCUGACCAUGUUUGACUGCCCAGUGAGUCUUAAGAAAGGCUACAGGCAUGUUCUUGUCAAUAGUAUCUGGCCUCUCAAAGCCCUGGACCAUCACAUUAUAUCUGAUGAAGAAAUCAUUCAGAACUGGCAUCUUCCGGAGAGAUUUAAGACGUUCAACCACAGGCUAUUCUUUAACCUUUGCCCAGCAUUGGUAAAGGGUACAACAUAUGAGGAUGAAAUUAAAAAUAUCAAGCAGAUAAUUUCAAGGAUUAAUAGGAUUCUGGCUCAUAAUUCACCAGUGUUGAUUGUUCAAAGAUGGAUACGUGGUUUCCUAGUUAGGAAACGCUUGAGCCCCCUUUUUAAACGUAAAAAGCCUAAAGACAAAAUGAUUAGGGUGCUUGAAACAAAAUGGAUCUGCAUAGGUAGAAGACAUGAUGACAAAAUCAUGGAGGACAUCUUCCUUCUCAAGCCUGAGUCUCACAUGAAAGGGAAGGUCGCACACUGGAAAAAAAUGAGAUGUACUCCUGCUGACUUUAAAUACUUUCCUGAGUACAGAAAAUGCAUUUCCUGUCUUUCAUGUGAAUUAAAAACAAAAGAUAUUGACAGAAAACCAAAACCACCAAGACAUCACAUUCAGAAAGAUGAGAAGGAGUCUAAAGCUGACUCUGAGGAUGAAGAAGUGGACACUGGGUUUAGGAUAUCUGCCAUGAAGAUUCCUUUAUAUCCUCCUAGAUCGCUCAAGUAUGGUGCGGUGUUGAAGGAGAUGAAAAGAGAUUAUUUCCCAGAUUAUCUUCUGCCACUUCCUGCCACUCGUCCAAAGCCAGCCAUUCCGAGAGUGACACUGAAGGAGCUGAACGAAAGGAGAGACUUUGUGACUUCCACAAUCGCAGGCUUGAAUCUCCACCUCCUUACUGAUCUUGAUAAAUAUCACGUAGAACGAAAGCGCCAAGAAAAACAAGCAGAAAAAUCAACAGCUGUAGUCAGGGCACAAAUUGCCCAGGAAAGAGCUAGGCUCAGUGUUAGAGAGAAUUUAAGGAGGAACUUUUAUAUGACACAAAAACUAAUAGAAAAGGAUAAUGAGAUGAUCCAGAAAGGCUUACGACAAGUUUGGAAGGAAAAACUUGCCUACCUUGAAAAAGUUAGAGAGAGGAAAACUAUGUUUCUAGCUGAAAAAAAGCUAAAUGCUGCAGACCAUUCUUUAGUGCAGACCAUCAGCAAUGAGCGGUCCCUUCUGCUCAAAGGAAUCAUUCAAGAUGACAGACGGAAGAAAAAUUUGAGUGACUUAAGAGCGAAGCACCUGAAUGUUAAGGAAAAAAGGAAAACACAAAAAUAUAGGCAAAGUUUGAUGAGGCAAAUGAAGGAGCUCAGGGCUGAAGAAAUUCGUAGAAGACACUAUGAAGAGAAGUUUGUUAUUGAUACACUCAUCUUUGAAAAAGCCUGUGCAAGACUAGAGGAAGCCAAAGCAAAGGUUGAAUUUGUUAGGACAAAUUAUACCUCUAAGUCUUGUAGGAAAGAGUCAGUAUGAGCCAAUGCCAGCGCACAUCUGAUAACCGUAAAUUGUGGCCACUAUUUUUAUUUAAAAAAUCUUGAAAUAAUACUUAGAAGAUGUGCUCUACACAAGGUGAGUCUGGGUAUAAAUGCAUUCAAGUUGAAAGAGAAGAGGGUUUCAAGUAUUUUCAUACUGAUUAUAAUGAAAUCUGGCUGACUUUGCACUUGUAAAGGCUUGUUAUGUAUCCAUGUGCCUGAAAAGGAAUGAAAGCAGUCUGACUUCCUCCAUGCAAAAGUCUUCAGAAGACUGUACAGUUCUACAGGCUUAGAGGAUGACAAGUUAUGAAGCUAUUUUCAGUUUUUUCUUCUAAUUUCCUUCCUUAUUGCUGAAUUUUAUUAAGAUAUUAUAUAUAGUAAAAACUUCAGUUACCCAAUUUCAUAUAUUAAAUUAUAAUGUAUUUCCUAAUUACCUUAUUAAAACAAUUUCUGAAUUUUGUUUACUUUUCUCUUUCAAAAUACAGGUUUCAUCAAUGUAUUAUUUAUACCCAUAAAGAUUUAGACAAUAUAAUGUAGUUGUUUUGCUUUU